AUGUCGGAGAAGGCCCAAAACCCCAUGCGGGAGCUCCGCAUCCAGAAGCUCGUCCUCAACAUCUCCGUUGGUGAAUCUGGUGACAGAUUGACUCGUGCCGCGAAGGUCUUGGAACAGCUUAGCGGUCAGACUCCUGUUUACAGCAAGGCCCGCUACACCGUCCGAACUUUCGGUAUCCGACGUAACGAAAAGAUUGCUGUCCACGUUACCGUCCGUGGCCCCAAGGCCGAGGAAAUCCUUGAGCGCGGCCUCAAGGUUAAGGAGUAUGAGCUCCGCAAGCGCAACUUCAGUGAGACCGGGAACUUUGGCUUCGGUAUUAGCGAGCACAUCGAUCUCGGUAUCAAGUACGACCCGGCCAUCGGUAUCUACGGCAUGGACUUCUACUGCUGCAUGACCCGCCCUGGUGAGCGCGUUACCCGCCGCCGCCGGGCCAAGAGCAGAAUCGGUGCCAGCCACCGCAUCAACCGUGACGAGACCGUUAAAUGGUUCAAGCAGCGCUUCGAUGGCAUCGUCCGAUAA